AUGGAUUGGGAUUCGUAUUACAAUAGGCUAGAGGGAUGGGUUAAAAAGCAAUAUGAUGGUGUGACUAGUGUUCAAAGACGACUUGAGAAUUCUCUACUCGAACAGCAAAAAUAUUUAAAUGCAAAUGCACUUGCCCUUAAAAAGUACAAACAAGAAAUGGGAUUAUUUCAGUCUUUGUACUCUCGCAAUAGUGAUCCGAGCAGUUCUAGUCCACAAUCAGACGGAAGACGGAGUGCGCCAUCUCGACGAUACCUAAUACCGCAUCCUUGCCGCCGAAUCGCUGCUGAAUGUAUUGACAUUACAGUAAUGAUGGCAUUGAAAUUAGUUAUAUUGUAUUUCAUCAAGAACGACUCAAGUGUAAUUCAGCUGGUUAAAAAUAUGGGUUCGGACAUCCUAUCUGGGGUCCCGGAAUAUCGUACACUCCGACGUGCACAUGGAUGGGCGAAGACGGAUUUCAGUGGAAAGGAAUUUCAAGUUUCAAGCAUUUGGAGGUCGUUGUUUUUUGCUCAUAUCGGUGCGAGAGAAGAUCUUCUGGAUUUCGAAACAAUUAUACUGGCUGAUCAGAUAGGACGGUUCCUAAGUGCCCUCUUGGAGGCAAUUCUAAUCAGGCGUUCAAUUUUUGGAUCUGAACCUGGAGGUGCAACUCUUGGGAAGUGGUUAAUGAAUCUUAAGGUUGUUUCGUGUGAAGAAAUUAUACCUUUUCCAGAUGUCGUUGAAGUCGUUCCAGGAGCUGAUCUGGGGAUUAUUCGAGCACUUGUACGUUCGCUGUUGAAAAGUACAAGCUUUCUCACGUUCUUCUCAUUCGUUUGUAUGAUGGUAUUUCAAUAUCAUCGAUGUACAUAUGAUAUUAUUGCUGGAACUUUAGUUGUACAACCUAUUACACCAACAACUAAUCAUCAAUCAAACAGUAAUAAUGAACAAAGACAACAACCCCAACAACAGUGA